AUGUCGGGCCAAACAUCGAUACAAUCCAAGUUGCCAGGCUUGCACAUUAACCUCCCUCCUAACCACCAGCCUACGCCCCCCAUGAAGACGAAGGAAGUGAUUGAGUCUUGGGAAGAUGAUGAUCCUUCUUCCCCUAUUGAAGAAGAUCUGAAUACACUCUCUCCUAUCGAAGGCACGGGCGUCUCCCUGAAACAGUUCGAGUCCGCAGAUCCUGCACUGCGUCCACCACCUCCUACUCCCAUUGCCCCGGGCAAUGGUGGGCAGUACAUCGACUGGUCGUCUGCCCAGGUGCUUGGGGGAGGCCGUCCAAGUACCAGGCCGUAUACCGCUUCCGGAGCAUCCACACCGCAGACCGACUCUGAUCGAGAGCGACGAAGACCAGAGAAGACGACAGCCACCGCUAGUCGAAUGAUAGCCGCAGGGUUAGGGAUGAAAGUCCCUAAGAAGACCGAGGAACAAAAGCAGUAUGAUCGAGCGGUUAGGGAGCAGGAGAUGAAACGAAGAAGCAAGGAAAAGGAGGAGAGAGAGCGUGAAAAAGAAGCUGAAGAGAAAGCCAAGGCUGCUGUUUGGGACGAUUGA